AUGAAAAAGAAAAAAUAACCAUCCAUGAAUUAGGGACGACUGAAUGAUUCUGUCCGCUAGAGGGAUUCCCGAUUGAUUUACCAUCUUUGUUUUGAGUUCUAUACACCUAGUAAAGUGUAAACUUGUGCAAACCCAUGUAAACUCAUGUAAGCCAAACCUUCGACAGAGCCAUAAGCGUAAGCGACUAAGCUGAAGUCAGCUGAAAUAGGCGUAAGGCGUAACUACGGACAUGUGUAUGUAGAACAACAUAGAAAUUUAGAACUAUACAGUAAUACGGUAACUGACGGUAACAACUGGUACCAACUGUUCAAUGCUGUUGAGUCCGAGUGGUCGUUGUAUUAUGAACACGUAUUUUACGAUGUAAUACAAUCUUGUACAUUAUUCAAAACACAUAAAUUGUUACGUAAAUUAAAAACAAUGAUACGAAUGUCGACGAUAAUGGCUAGUAGCGUAUUAAUGAUACGAAAUGUAAGCGCCCACGAUCACUUAAUAUUAAACGGACCUUACAUUCAAUGUGUAAGAUGGAAGAGAAAGCCGAUGUGGUUACCUACAGCAAAAUCAAAAUUGUUUAGAAUUCCGGUAAAACCAGUCAUACCUACGGAAGAAGCAGAAGAACUUAAAUAUAUAAACUAUCAUUACAAAACGUAUAUGAGAUCUCUGCGGCAUUAUUUCAUUACGAGGGAAAGAGACAAUAAGGUAGAAUUCGAUCCUGUUUCUGUAAAAAAAAUGGCAGAUGAAGAUUUUCUGAAAUGUAGCAAAAUAAACGAAGAAUGGAACGCACAAAUAUCCGUCGAACGAGAACAGAGGCUAGCGCAAAGUAGAGAAGCACGCGUAAAAGAAAUUAUAGAAAAAUUAGCCGCGAAAAAGGAAAGAGACUUGAUCACUCAAGCUACGGUAGAUGCAGAAAUCAAAAAGGCGAAAGAAGAAGUUAAAACAUUUAUUACACUUGAUAAUAUAGAUGAAGCAAUUGAAAAUGCAUUGAAAACUGUUAUAGAUCACAAUGCUGCGAUUAAUCUUGAUGGGAGCUUUUAUACGGGAGAUCAUGAAAAAACUAGAAAAAACGAUGAUAGUACUAUGUAAAUUAUAUAAUAAAUUACCUACAUAUUAAGUAGCAUUUUCUUUUUUAAUAAACAGAAAUUUAUCGCA